AUGUCCGAAUAUGCAUCCAGUAUUCAUUCUCAAAUGAAACAAUUCGACUCCAGGUACUCUGGUAACAGAAUUUUACAACUAUUAGAGAAUAAAACCAACUUGCCAAAGUCCUACUUAGUUGCUGGUUUGGGCUUCGCUUAUCUUCUUAUGAUUUUUAUCAACGUCGGAGGUAUUGGUGAGAUUCUUUCCAACUUUGCUGGGUUUGUAUUGCCGGCAUACCUAUCAUUGGUUGCUCUUAAGACCCCAACCUCCACCGAUGACACGCAAUUGUUGACAUAUUGGAUUGUUUUUUCAUUUUUGAGUGUCAUCGAAUUCUGGUCCAAGGCAAUCUUAUAUUUGGUCCCAUUUUACUGGUUUUUGAAGACCGUCUUUUUGAUCUAUAUCGCUUUACCUCAAACUGGCGGUGCUAGAAUGAUCUACCAAAAAAUUGUUGCUCCAUUGACUGACAGAUAUAUUUUAAGAGACGUUAGCAAGACAGAAAAAGACGAGAUCAGAGCUUCUGUUAACGAAGCUUCGAGGACUACAGGCUCUUCUGUCCAUUAA